UCGGUUGUGACAGGCCCUGGGAACAUCCGGCUUCCUCCCUUCACUCGAGCAAAAGCCGACGUGAUGUUCGGGGCUGGGGACGAGGAUGACACCGACUUCCUCUCGCCAAGCGGCGGUGCCAGGCUGGCUUCUCUUUUUGGACUGGAUCAAGCAACUACGGGCCAUGGAAAUGAAUUCUUCCAGUACACAGCCCCAAAGCAGCCUAAGAAAGGCCAGGGAAUAGCAGCAACAGGAAAUCAGACAGCACCCAAACCAGCAGCAGCCACUACAGGCAUUUCAUCUGUGCUGUUUGCGACUGCAGUGCAUGCAUACCGAUACAUAAAUGGUCAAUAUGCAAAGCAGGGCAAAUUCGGAGCUGCCGUCCUGGGGAACCACACGACCAGAGAGUAUAGGGUUCUUCUUUACAUCAGUCAGCAGCAGCCAGUGACUGUUGCUACAAUUCAUCUCAACUUUGAACUGACGGUUCGGUCCAAUAACUAUAGCACCUUUUAUGAUGACCAGAGACAAAACUGGUCUAUCAUGUUUGAGUCAGAGAAGGCUGCUGUGGCGUUCAAUAAGCAGGUGUGUGUGGCCAAGUGCAAUAGCCAUUCUUCCUUGGAUGCAGUGCUGUGUCAGGAUCUGGUUGCAGCAGAGGGUCCUGCAGUAGACAUUGGAGAUUCUUUGGAAGUAACCUAUAUAGGCUGGCUCCUUCAGAAUCAGGUGCUGGGCCAGGUUUUUGACUCUACUGCUAACAAAGAUAAACCACUUCGCCUGAAAUUGGGAUCAGGAAAAGUAGUCAAGGGCUUAGAGGAUGGACUAUUGGGCAUGAAGAAAGGAGGAAAACGGUUAAUUAUCAUUCCUUCAGCCUGUGCUGCUGGCUCUGAAGGAGUGAUAGGCUGGACCCAGCCAACAGACUCAAUCUUGGUGUUUGAGGUAGAAGUUAGGCGGGUGAAGUUGGCUAGAGAUUUUGGCUCUGAUGGCCACAGUGUGAGCUCCAGGGACUCUGCAGCACCCUCACCCAUACCUACUGCUGACAGCCUCUCAGGUGACACUGUUGUGACACCCACACCACUGCCUCUCAAAUCUGGGGAGCCAACUCUUUGUUCCAAAUCUAACUCUCUCAGUGAACAGCCUACUUUAAAUGCAAAUCCGGAUAUGGUCAAGGCCAAGCUGAUCUCUCGGAUGGCUAAAAUGGGCCAGCCCAUGCUGCCCAUCCUUCCACCGCAGCUGGAUCCCAAUGACUCAGAAACGGAAGACACAACUGUUUUACGAGGAGCUGGGCAGUCCCUGGUGACACCAUCUGUCCAGCCUUCACUUCAGCCAGCCCAUCCGGUGUUACCACAGAUGGCCUCACAGGCACCUCAACCAUCUGUUUCUGGGUUCCAAACACCCUCUGCUGCCUUGAUGCAAGUUACACCCCUUGAUUCCCACUCAGCUGCAGCUGGAAAUGCUCAGAACUUUCAGCCCUGUGCAGGUGUGCAGGCCUACACAUAUCCCCAGGCAUGCUCAGUCACCUCGCAGCUGCAGCCUGUUCGGCCCUUGUACCCAGUGCCACUGCCCCAGGCUCCCCACUUUCAAGGGUCAGGUGACAUGGCGUCCUUUCUCAUGACUGAAGCUCGGCAACACAACACUGAAAUUCGAAUGGCAGUCAGCAAAGUGGCUGAUAAAAUGGAUCAUCUCAUGACUAAGGUUGAAGAGUUACAGAGACAUAGCUCUGGCAAUCCUAUGCUUCUUCCUAACAUGUCAGUCACAAUGGAAACAAGCAUGAUUAUGAACAACAUCCAGCGAAUCAUUCAGGAAAACGAGAGACUGAAGCAGGAGCUCCUUGAGAAGAGCAGUCGGAUAGAAGAGCAGAACGACAAGAUUAGUGAACUCAUUGAGCGGAAUCAGAGGUAUGUUGAACAGAGUAACCUGAUGCUGGAGAAGAGGAACAACUCACUUCAAACAGCCACAGAAAACACACAGGCAAGAGUAUUGCAUGCCGAACAAGAGAAGGCCAGGGUGACAGAAGAGUUAGCAGCAGCCACUGCACAGGUCUCUCACCUGCAGCUGAAAAUGACAGUUCACCAGAAGAAGGAGACAGAGCUGCAGGUGCAGCUGACAGAGAACUUGAGAGAGACAGAUCUUCUCAGGGGCCAGGUCACCAGGCUCCAGGCCGACCUCUCAGAGCUCCGAGAAGCCUCUGAGCAAACACAGUCCAAAUUCAAAAGUGAGAAGCAGAGCCGGAGGCAGCUGGAGCUCAAGGUGACAUCCCUGGAGGAAGAAUUGACUGACCUCCGAGCUGAGAAGGAGUCCCUGGAAAAGAGCCUCUCAGAGAGGAAAAAGAAAUCAGCUCAAGAGCGCUGCCAGGCAGAGGAGGAGAUGGAUGAGAUUCGCAAGUCACACCAGGAGGAACUGGACAGACUUCGGCAGCUCUUGAAGAAGUCUCGAGUGUCCACAGACCAAGCAGCUGCAGAGCAGCUGUCUCUCACACAAGCUGAGCUGCAGAGCCAGUGGGAAGCAAAGUGUGAGCAUCUCUUGGCCUCUGCAAAGGAUGAGUAUCUGCAGCAGUACCAGGAGGUUUGCGCACAGAGGGAUGCCCACCAGCAGAAGCUGUCCCGCCUUCAGGAUGAGUGCUCAGCUCUCCAGGCACAGGUUGCAGCCUUCACUGCAGAGAAGGAGCAACUGAAGAAGAAUACGUCCCAGGCACCUAUGGUCAGAGCUGCUAUUGACCCCUCAGAGAAGGUCAAGAAGAUCAUGAACCAGGUGUUCCAGUCACUGAGGGGAGAGUUUGAGCUGGAGGACUCUUAUGAUGGCAGGACCAUCCUUAGGACCAUCAUGCAUACAAUUAAGGUGGUGACUCUGCAGCUGUUGGACCAGCAGGAGGAAGAGCAAGGAGAGUGCAGCAGUGACAGUGCAGAAGAGAAGCCGUUGAGGUCUUCCUUGGAGCAGCCAGGUUCUGCCACUGCUGGGCUGUCGCCAGCACCCCUGAGUGGGGAGAUGAAGGAGGCUCCCAAGGUGCUAUCAGAACAAGUAGUAGGGGAGACCACCCCACUGCCUCCACAGGCCCUCCCCAUGCCACAGAAUGGUACACAGACAAGGAAAGAGGACUCUUCAGAAGGAGAGAUACCCUCAGAAACGAAAGACAGUUCCCUCCCAUCUGAGCCAGCUGGCAUCUCAUCCCCCAGAGUCCUGGGCCUCCCAACUUCAAUCCCACCUAAACCUCCAGGACCUAUAACUAUGGACUCUGAGUGUGAAGAACUACUUGCUGAUGACCAGAGAGCAGUGCAGUCCAACAACAAAUUGGGAGGAGAACAUGUUGGGGAAGUAGCCCCAGAUGGCCCACUGACUCUAGACCCUGAGAAGGGGGAGCUACCAGCCUUAGACCCUGAAAACCCAGGAGGAGAACCUCAGCUUCCUGAGCACAAAGAAGUUGAGGAUGUCAGUAGCUCUGGUCCCCCUGAGGCAUUGCUGGAUAAAGAGCUUGCUUCUGCAGCUUCAAGAGCAUCCCCCAGUCAAAACCAGGAGGACCCCCAGCACUGCAGUCUCUCCGGGGAUGAAGAGGAUGAGCUGUUUAAAGGGGCAACUCUGAAAGUUCCAAGGCCCAAAGUCCAGCCUGAGGAAGAGGAUGAAGACGAGGUGGUAAGGAAAUCUCAGACUCUGCUGAGUCCUUAUACCUCCACCUGGGGGCUCUUCCCUGCAGUCUCAGAGAAGAGAAAAGGAGUCUGUUGGUGGCCUACUUCCUGGACUAUGUGUACAGGACCCUGUGGGAGUGAGCUUGGGGGUCCAGAGUGGGCAUCUCUUUAAGCUGCCACUGUAAUCCUAAAAGGGUAUCAUUAUCUCUGUCCCCUGGGGAAUCAGUCCUGUUUGUAGUAAGGGAAGGUGGGAAGGAUUCUGAAUCCAACUUGUUGGUUCUCCUCCUCUGUAGAAAAAGAAACAGGUUAGAAAAUCAUUUGCAGGAGGUUAAUGGUAGACAGGACUGAGCCCAGGCUUCUCUUGGGCCACUUGUUUCUAAGAACUGUUCACCUGGCCCACUUCCAGUCUACUGCCUGUUUUGUUAUCUUAACACCUGAGUAGCAGAUGGAUUCAGUGUUGACAGUGUCGCUUCAAGUUAGGGAGCAGAAGAGUCAGGGACCACAAAGGAAGUUGUCGAGAGAGCCAGGAUUGGAGCCCAGGCUUGUCCAUCUGAUACUGGACGAGUGGGAAUUUCACUGUCAUAAAGUGUGUGGAGGAGACAGAAGCAUUAGAUCCAGGAAAGAACUAUGAGGUUGAACAUGGGCAAAGCCUAUUGUCCUUCUAUACCAUCCACCUGGAGUGGGUUUUGCUUUUUGCCCGAAGGCAAUGACAUCUGAAACCUAACUCAGAUGAACCAGAGCCCUUUCUCUUGCUUGCAGAGAAGGCGUCAUCUUACCCCAUUAGCAUACCUUCCUGAGAAUUCACUUUGCAUUCGAGAAUACUAACUACAGAUUCUGCAUAGAAAAUAAAGAUGAGUAUCCCAAAUGGAGAGCAGUAUAUUGAUGGUAUUACUGCCAGUUCCAUCAAGCUAAUCAUCUGUUUCUUGGGUAUUCAGAAAAAUACUCCACAUUCUCAUUUAACCUUCUCCUAAUAUGUCUAUAGUUCUAUGUUCUGCAUGUCUGUAGCUUCCAGUCCUUUUCCUUACCAAAAGCAGAUGACAGGCCAGAGCUUCCAUCAUGGAAAGAGGAAGAGAACCUCCCACUCGGCUGCUGGUGUUAGUCAGCAUUGUUAUUGACACCAGAAGUGUUCAAAGAGACUGUAUAUUUUGGUUCAAAGUUUCAGAGGUUUUAGUCCACAGUGGGUUCACUCCACUAUUAGACUUGUGUAGAGAAAAAGCAUUCUCUCAGUGAUCAGGAAGUGAAAGAGUGAUGAAGGAGGGUCUAAAUUCCACUGUCCCUUUGAGGGCAGCCUAUAAUCACCUGAGUCCUCUUACUGGGCCCAUCACAAAACCUUUCCACCACUUCCAACAGUACCAAGCCAAGGACUUGAACCUGUAACACAGUAUCCUUUGGUUGGGACUCUUAGAGGGUCCUAGAACCCUUUAGCCCCUUUAAAGAGAGCAUGGCUCUGCCUUUGUGGCCUUUCUUUAUCUCUUGGACAUGCCUCUACAUCCACAUCUUUGGCCACCUCAGGCCACAGCUGGUUUUUGAAUGUGAUUGUACUUCUCCGAACUUCCGUCAUCUUCUCUCAAUUCUCCCAGGCUGCUUUGCUUCUGUUUCUUUCUCUUUCCCCAUCGCUCCUUAAUGAACCUUCUUUUUCCAAACAAAACUUGUAAGUUGGCAUAUCUGCCCAAUCAAUACAUAUUUCACAAAUAAAUUACAAAAUCAGCCAAGCAAAGUUGGUCUUUGUCUCUGUCAAAAGAUGGCUUCCCUCAAUGCCUGCUUGUCCCAGCUUUGUCUGGAUCAGUUCUUCAGCCACCAAGCCUGUCCUUCUAGUUCAUCUCCUUUCCAGCCAGAGGCAGGACAGCCAUUGGACCACUUCCCCUCAUAGGCAGGAAGCCACCUGGGCAGGGAUAUAUGAGA